GCGCGAUAACUGCAGUACCUCAAGACCAUCCUGCACUAAACACCAAUGUUUUCGGCCAGACUGCACUGCUACGAGAACUCUGAAACCGCCCACAAGCUGCAUUUGAACGUACUCAACUCUGUAUCAGACGAGGUGCCUCGGAGAGCGCGCCUCGUGGCCUUUUUGCCCACGACAGGCUAGUGCUUUUGCAACGGUUUUUGACAGUGGGGUGCGAAGCCGAGAAUGGUUAUAAGGUAUUUACAAGUAAGCGGCAACCCGCAACGGACUUGGUCGCCCGCGCUUAAGGGCGGCACGGAGCAGCGGAACCAGUAGUACAAGUACUAGUAACAAGUAACAUUGUAAUGUACCUACCCUGCGCAGCUAGUUGUUUAUGUGAUGAGAAUUUCUCGCAUUCAAAAUUGGCGAGUUCCGAGUACACCAAGGGAGACAAACCAUGGAAAAGUAGGUGAUAAGAGUUGACGGCACUUUCAACGCGUUCACGAACCAUUUGGGAGAGACACUAUCACCAUCGCAGGCAGCUCGACAUGAAGGGACAUUUCGUUUAUGUCUGGUCCCUGUUGGCGGUAGCUGGCCUAUAUAACUUGAUAUGCUGCCUGCUAUUUCGAUUAUCAGAAACUGAAAAGAUAGCUCUUAUCGUGGUGGACGUUCAAAAUGACUUUCUUCCACCUUCCGGUGCCCUGCCCGUUCCAGGGGGACGAGAAAUUGUGCCGGUGGUCGAGAGGCUGCUCGAGAGGUGUGAGUGGGAUCUAGUUGUGGCGACGCAGGAUUGGCAUCCUCCAAAUCAUGCCUCAUUUGCGUCCAGAUGGGGCGUAGAACCGAUGUCCGUCGUGGAAUACGAUUAUAUGGGAAGGCGAAUUGACCAGAUAGCAUGGCCAGAUCACUGCCUGGUUGAAACACCCGGAGCAGCCCUUGCAUUUCGAUCAGCAGCUGGGACGAUAGAUCACUACGUCCGAAAAGGCAUCAUUACAGAUCUGGACGCUUAUUCUGCAUUUGCUUAUAGGGAUUAUAUCGCGUACACUGAUCUUGCGAGAAAGCUCUGGGAAAAGCGUAUCUCCCACGCAUAUGUAGUGGGCCUCGCAGCGGAUGUAUGCGUUGUAUCGACCGCAAUAGAUUCGAUUGCCUUUGGAUUCCAUACUACUGUUAUCACCAAUGCCACACGAGCUAUCAGAGGCAAAGAAGGCAUGGAAGACAUGAGGAGGCGUAUCGAAGCAUUUGGUGGUCGGGUCGCGUCUUUAGAAGAUGAGCAGUUUCGAAGGUUUUGCCCCAGGUAUUGAUAGAUACGGGGGUGAUAAACAAAGAUUUCGGCUUUGAUUCUUCGUUUGAACCUGCGAGGUUUUAUUGAAUUCACAUUAUAUAUACAUCGUAUUUACUCUAUCUAUGGUCAUCCAGAGGCCGCCAGUCCAUGCUCACCAUGGCGCUUGGCCGUGGGGCGUCUAUGGCCGCUGCAAAUAAAUUCAAAUUAUGUUUUCCGCAUACGCGCCUCAGUAUUGUGAGCUCCCAUUGACACUCGC